AUGAAUUCAGUGGUGUGGCUUGGACGAUGGACUGUUUAUCUCGGGGAAAUUUACUUCACAUUUGCUGAAACGAAAGACCGCAUGUCAGGAAGUCUUCAGCGACAUUUACGUGAAUUGACUUAUCCGGAUGACAGUGAAAUGGGUUUAUUCUUCGCAUUAGCAAUUCCCUUAGACGACCCGGUGUCGACGAAAGCUAUGUCAGUCGCAUUUUUUUUCGAAGCCAACUACGGGCUCGUUAAAGCCCAAGAAUCAUUAGCAUCAGAGACCAGAAAACAGAGAACUGUCUCUUCAGAUCAUCAAUCAUUGACCCGCUUGGCUGUCUACUCAAUUCUCGAAUCAAAAUUUCAAUCCUUGGGGCUGCCAGGUCGUGCAUGUUUAUUGCGUUCAAUCUGUGAAACGAGUAAGUUAUCUCUGCAUCGUCACAAUGGACUUAUCGGAGAUCUUCUUAGAAUUUUAUUAACGCCAUCUUCUUCGGCUAACGAGAACUUGCCAAAUGAAUAUGUCCAGGCCGAACAACGACAAGCUGCGAAGAUCAACCAUCAUUCGAACUCUGACACCGACAAUAAUGAUGAUGAUCAUCUUGAUGGCAAUGAUCUAUAUCCUGAUGAUGAUAACAAGGAACCCAAUAAUUGCAGUACAAUUUAUCCCCUUUGUCCCAUUACUAUUUAUGACUUCAUUACCGUUCAAUGA